AUGCCAGAAAAUAAACGUCAAAGAACCCUAGUGGACUUCAAGAUCCCCAAAACAGACGUUUUACCAGGAAACCAGCCAAAAAGACGUCGAGCUGAACCACUUUACAUCGAUUUAGAGUGCGAUGAGCUAGAGACAGAAUCAUCUGUAAAGCAAGAAACGUCUUCAACCGGGCCGAAACUGUUCGUUACCGAAGAGGACUACGAAUACACUGAAAAACUGGAAGUUUUAACAGAUCGUAAUGAUCCUGCUGCUGGUCAAGCACAGCUUGAAGAAAAAGUGACGGUGUCACAUAUUUCCACAACAAAACCUGUGGCUACUGAUUGGCCUGAAAAGUAUGACAGCACGGAAAUAACGAACUCAAAUCGCCUUAAGACUACCUCUUCUGCCAGUAAAGCAUUUCCAGUCAAAUUGCAGUACAAACCCGAAAAGAAGCCUAAAGUGUCAUCCCGGCCUUCAAAAGUGGACAUGGAAUUAGCAGGUUCAGAGUUGAGAAUUUUGCCUUCUGUAUCAGAAGUAGGGCCUGAGCAACAGGUUUUAUGUCCCGCUUGUGGCAUUGUUUUAACAGCGCUUGAAAUCCACGAACGAGAAAAUCACUGCGAUGCCUGUCUGACAACAAAGCGACCCUCAACUACAAAACGAACGGGCAGACCUGUGCCCAAACUCCCGAAGGUCAAAAAACUGCAUUUCAAAAAUCAUACCAUUGUGGUUGACGGUUUCAACUUCGACUCCGAUCCUGCCAUCAACCAGUACUUUUUAUCUCAUUUCCAUGCCGAUCAUUACAUGGGCGUCAAAAAGUCGUGGGCCCAGGGCUCUAUCUAUUGCUCGAAGGUCACCGCAGACCUUCUUUCUUACAAAUUCAAGGUUCCACAUGAAAGGAUGGUAGCUUUGCCCGAAAAUGUCACCGUGCAGGUGGCAGAGAAUCUAUCUGUCAUCUGUUUUGAUGCCAACCAUUGCCCUGGGUCCUUCGUGUUUUUGUUUCGCGAAUUCGACAACGAGGACAAGACCGUUCAGUGGGUGCUUCAUACUGGUGACUUCCGAAGUAACAAUGAUCUCAUCUCGCGCAUCAACUCCCACACUAACAACGCUCGUAUCGACAAAGUGUAUUUGGACACAACAUACAUGUACCCAUCAUAUCAUUUCCCCCUCCAGCAUCUGCUACUGGACGCUACGAGUGAUUUCACCUGCAAACUGAGAGAUGAAGGUUUUAAAAAGCUCUUUAGUGAUCGCCAGACCUCCAUUAUGAGCUUUAUAUCCAAGUCGCUGCGUCAAAGACAUCUUUACAAGUAUGUGUUUCUGGUCGGAACCUACACAAUUGGCAAGGAAAAGCUUGCAGUGGCCAUUGCUCAAAAGCUGGGGACCAAGAUCUUUCUACCCAAGGACACUACCAAACAUCGCAUAUUUCAAACCUAUCAAAGUUCGUUUCCUGAGGGUAUCAUUACCCAUGACAUAACCAAAUCCUGCGUACACCUUGUAUCGAUCAGAACUCUGGCGUCAAAAGAAAGCCUUGAGCUAUAUUUCAAGCCAAUCUCACACAUUUACGAGAAUAUGAUCUGUUUUUAUCCUACGGGCUGGUCCUUCAAGAAUGGGGGUAGGUUUAUAAAACUUCACGAAACCGCGGAUCAGAAAAGAACCCACACUUUGGAAUUGCUGGACAAUACUGAAGUAGACAACUUGGAUGUUGCCACUUUAUAUUCACAAUACGACAGUCGAGCUCGAUUUCAGGUUUUUCGAGUUCCUUACUCUGAACAUAGCAGCUUUAAAGAUUUGGCCAACUUCUGCGUUAAACUUCCUUGGAGCCAAAUGAUUCCCACCGUUAACACUCAUGAUGCAUACAUGGUGCAGCAAAUGGAGCAGUGGUUUGAUGUUUGGAAGAGUAUACAGAACGAACAUCGUUGA